AUGAAGUUUCGAAUCUACAACUUUCAGGGUCUUGCAAGUCGACGGCCAUGUUCAAGGGCCGUUCUGGCUUCUGUCCUUCGUUAUCCAAUUGUCGUUUGUUUUGGACGUUCUGGGUACCAGGCUGGGUAUUAUUUUCAGUUAAAUCGCUCGAAGAAAUACCUUACUCCGAAGACGCAUAUCAUGUCAGAGCUACAGCAAUCGAGCAAAUCGGAGAAUCAGCAUGCGCAAUCGGAACCAUACAUUCCUCCUUGGAGUGGAAGCGCAAACCCUACGCAGCAUGCCCCUAUAAAUAAUGCUGUUCCUGCGCAUGCGGAGCAGGAAUCCACCGGUGUCAAGAAAUCACCUUCUCCCGUCCCACAGCCUGUCGCGCCCACCCCAGUAGAAGAGUACCUUGCACAAGCUAACCUCCAGCCCGAAACUGCCAACAUACAACAGCCACUCCUUGUUAUCCUUGACAUGAACGGGACCUUAAUUUACCGAAAACGCCGUACAUUCCCUCCCAAAUUCACCAAGCGCCCAGGCCUGGAUCCAUUUCUCCGAUAUCUGUUUGAUAAUUUUAAAGUUAUGAUUUGGACCAGCUCCCAGCCACAAACGGUUACUGACGUUCUAGACAAACUGCUAUCAAAGCAAAUGAAAAAGCAGUUAGUUGGGGUAUGGUCACGGAGAGACCUUGACUUAACCGCCAGACAGUACCGGGAGAAAGUCCAAGUAUAUAAACGUCUCGACAAAGUGUGGGAGAACGCACAUGUCCAAUCCCAGUAUCCAAGACUGACAGCAAAAACCAACAUCAAAUCAAAGAAAGGGAAGAAAAAGAAGCUUCCACAGAUCCUUGGUGAGGAAGGCCAAGUCUGGGAUCAAACAAAUACAAUCCUCGUUGAUGACAGCAGACUAAAAGCUGCUGCCCAGCCUCAUAAUAUUAUUGAGAUACCGGAAUUUACCGACGACCCUGAUGUGGACGAAGUGAAGAAUUUAACUAUCGUCAUGCGUCAGUUGGAUAUAUUAUCCCGCCACAAGGAUGUUAGCCGGAAGCUGAGGGAGUGGAAUCAGCGAAUUCUGGAUGAAGCUGGCGACAUCACUCAGAUAGAUGCAUUCUGGGAGCAGGAGCUGGUACUCUCUUCCCUUGAUGUGCAUGCACUUGAGUCCGCCCCUCUUCGAGAAGAGGACACUACCGCAAGGCCCGAGACUCCCCCAUUCCUCAGCGUCGAGCAAUUGAUAAAUGCGGCGAGGAAAUCCCUUGAGACAGAUUCAAAUUCAGCAAAGAAUAAACAGCUAGAUCAAUCCAUGGACGCUGCGGGCCCGACAUUGACGAGGGCCUCUGUUCACGGGCCCAAAGAGCUGAAAGAUGAUAAGCCGAAACUAACCAAAGGCCAGAAACGGGCCGCUAAAAGAGUUGCGGCCAAGCUCAGGGCGGCUGAGUCUGCUACAAGGGCUGACCCUUCGACUGUCUUACCCUUGACUGAUUUACCAGAGAUGCAGGCCCUGAGACACCUUGAGCAGAAUGAUAUGGGUAAUGAUACGGGUUCAGAGUCGGAUACGUCUAUAGGGGGCGGAGUUGCGUUGCCCAUGGGCAAGCCAUGA